AUGUGGACAAAACCUUUCUGUGCGCUUUUCUUUCUAGCUGAGUUCGUCUCCGCAGAUGUCUUCUGCAAAAAUACCCCCCUCGACGCGAACUGGGCCCGGCCUGACGAAUGGAAUGCCCUCAACCAGUCCGUUGGCGGCAUGUUGAUCAAGACGCAACCUUCGGCAUCUUCGUGCUUCGAAGGCAACCCGUUCUCCUCUCCGUUAUCUUGCGACGAAGUCGACAGAGACUGGUCUUCCGGCAGUUUCCAUGCCCAGCGGCCGGAGUCCAUCGACUAUCCCUAUUGGGCGAACAGUUCAUGCGUUCCUCCUAGCGACUACGGCUACAAGGAUGACGGAUGUACAUUGGGAGGGCUGCCCGAGUUCGUCCUCAAUGCCACUUCUGCGAGCCAGAUUGCAGUGGCUAUGAAGUGGGCCAGUAUGCGUAAUAUCCGCAUUAUUGCUAAGGGAACUGGGCACGAUCUGAAUGGCAGAUCUAGUGGCGCGUACUCGCUGUCCAUCUGGACUCAUCAGUUUCGCAAUAUCGAGAUGAAUCCUCAGUGGCCGCUCCCACUGGGCAAUGGCACCGAGAACGUGGCAAUCCUUGGGAGUGGUAAUAACUGGGGAAGUGCUCUCGCAGCUGCUGCCGGUGUUGGGAGGACCCUGGUCAGCGGCCAAGUCAACACAGUUGGCCUUGGCGGCUUCAUCGGUGGAGGCGGUCAUGGCCCCCUUUCGAGUCAUUACGGUUUGGCUGCCGAUCAGGUCCUCCAAGCCACGGUCGUCACCUCAGGCGGCGACAUUCUCGUGGUCAAUGAAGCCCAAAAUCGGGACCUACUAUGGGCUAUUCGAGGGGGUGGGCCAGGCCUCUAUGGAAUCGUCACCGAGUAUGUUUUGUGCACACAUCCCAUACCGAGGAACGUGGUGAAGACAACUUUCUCCAUGUCAAUGGCAGAUCAAGCAGACAUGGCUACACUCGCAACAUCUUGGGAUGCCUUUACGACACUCUCCAGCUCUCUACCAGACCUCAUGGACGCCGGAAUAGCAGGAUUCGGCACUGCCACAACAACAUUGGCCUCCCAGGAACCUUUCGUUAAUUCCAGCCGCGGCAUUGAGGCAGAUUUCACCUUUUUUGGUUUCAACACAACAUUGGAUGACUUGGUUGCCGCUUUGGAGCCAGUGAGAAGGCGCAUGUUGCCACAGGGCGACAAUCACACGUUGUCAGUGGUCAUCGCGGCGCCAGCCGUUUUCCCAACAUACACGUCUUUCUUUGACGACCUGAACAAGUCUCCAGAGCCCGUUGCACAGAUCAGCCUGGUUUCCAGUCGCCUACUAGGUCGUAAGGAAUUGACGGAGGUUCCGCUGGACACUCUACGGUCCCAUCUGCACGACAUGACCAGGUCACAAGUCACAGGGCGUCCCGCUUCUCUGAUUUUUGGACUCCAGGGCGGACUGGGGACUGCGAGCGUACCGGCCGGGAUGCGUGGCGCAGUAAACCCUGCCUGGAGGAAAGCAUACAUCCACCUUAUCAGUACCGGCGCCUACAUCAACACGACGGAAUCUGCUCCUCAGGAUGCCCUGGCUAUGGCUGCUGCGUGGACAGAGGAAAACAAGGAAGCUGUCUGGCGUAGGUGGGCACCUGGAUCAGGCGCGUACAUCAACGAAGCAAACCCGUUCAACUCAAACUUCCAAGAAGACUUCUACGGCGAGAACUACGAGAGAUUGUUGGAUAUUAAGCGGAAAUACGACCCUACUUCGAGCUUGUAUGUUCUUUCAGGAGUCGGAAGUCACUUGUGGGACUACGAUUUGAACACGGGCAGAUUGUGUCUCAAAUAG